AUGGCGUUCCGCACAGGCAACGAUGCCAUCUGGUGCCAAGCGUUUUCCCUUUCCCCGGAGGGGGUGGCGCUAGAAUGGUUCAAUUCACUUCCUCCCAACUCUAUCAAGAAUUUCGGGGGAUUGCAACGUAUGUUUAAUCGACAGUUUGCGAGUAGUAGUACUCAGGACUUGACCAUCUUCGAGUUGGUGAACCUAAGGCAAGGGAAAGAGGAAACUUUGAAAACAUUCAUGGAUCGUUACCAGAAAAUCGUACGGCGGGUAAAGGGGCUAAGCCCUGAACUCACCCUCCAAUAUGUUCUACUCGCCCUCAAGUUAGGGCUUUUUAAGGAUAGUGAGGGCCAGGAGAUCAAAGGAGAUAAGACAGACGGGAAGAAGUUGGAUGGUCAACCCAGAAAGCCUGGAGGGUUCAAGCAGAGGGAACAACCUAGGGGACCACGAUUUCAGCAGUAUACCCCACUGAACGCCCCUCGAGCAAGAUUAUUGCAGGAGGCCUUGAACGCUGACUUAAUCCGCGAACCAAAGGGACGACCCAUGCCGCCUAGGACGGAAGACAACAAACACUAUUCAUACUACAAAAACAUGGGUCACACCACGGAGGAGUGCGUGACCCUAAAGGACAAGAUUGAAGAAUUGAUCCAAGCAGGACAGUUAAAGAAAUACGUGAAGGUUGACCGUCCUGGGGAACCAUUACAGCAACCGCGAAGUCCCCGGCGGGCGAGUCCACAAAGGCCGGAGAGGUGUGAAAGAUCGAGGCAUACAAACCACUAUCGGUCCGAAAGGCGGCGAAGCCAGAGUCGUAGUAGGAGCCACGACCGCCCCUUACGGGGGCACAUUAACACGAUAUCUGGAGGAUUUGCGGGUGGGUUUUCAUCAUCGUCCGCUCGAAAACGACAUGUGCGAGCCUUACGAUCCGUCCACGCGGUGGACAUGCCACGAAGAACAAUGUUGCCCAUAACCUUCUUGGGCAAGGAUUUUCUCGUCCCCGACCCCGACUAA